AUGUCGCUGUGCUUGCUGCAAGUGAAUCAGUGCUCAUUCGCAAACUGCGGUCUUCAUUUUGCAAAUAAAUAUGAUCUCAUAGCUCAUGUUGAAUACACUCACAUUCCGUUAAUUGAAGAAGAUAUGAAGCGAAAAACAUUACAAUCAUCGAAUGGAACAACUGAGGAGAAAAGCACGGCCGCAGCGAACAUGCCGUUGAGUAUUAUGAGUCGGGUAUUUCGGACUGCAUACAGGCCGAAUCCUAUUCGUCCUGAACCUCUGAAAGUUUCAUUCAAUCAUUAUAAAAGGCGCAUUUUGAAAGAGCAAGCCGCGUUGAGAAUGCAACAGCAGCAGCAGGCACAGCAGCAUCAACAGCAACAACAACAGCAACACCAGCAGCAGCAUCAACAUCAUCAGCAAUCUUAUCAUCAAAUGCGUUUUGCUAAUCAUGGUCAUCACGAUGAGGAGCCAAAGCGGACUAUUAAUGAACAUGAUAUUGAGGAAUGCCAUCCCAAUGACCCCGAAACGCGAUAUCGUUGUCAUUUAGUUGAUUGCCAGAAGAGAUAUAAGAAUUAUAUCGGAUUGCGAAUACAUAUGAAAACUAGCCAUAAUAUCACAAUUGGCGAGGAAGUUCAUAAUAGUGGCGGAAAUGAUGACGGAAGAAACUUGCAAAAAAUGCAAAAUAAUGUAAAUAUACAACAACCAUCAAUUCAAAUUCAAGGAGUUUCUGAUGGGGGAGCAUUGGCAAAUAGUCUUCAAAUUUCUGCUGGCAGUGCUUUAGUUGCAGCGAUGAACAAUGCUUCUGGACCAUUACAAUUGACUCCGAAUACCCCAAUUGGACAAGUUGUGGGGCUUACGACGAUGUCGAGUCCUUCCAAGCCUCACAAAUGUACCCACUGUAAUAAGAGAUAUAAAACACAUACCGGAUUGGCGAAUCAUUUAAUGACGACUCAUCAAAAGCAUUCCCCAACGCCAGCGGUCGUUGAGCAGCUUAUAUCACACGUCCGAAUGCAACACCGACAGCAGGAACAGCCAGGCACAAACGGACAACUAAAUCAACCAUCGCCACAACAACGGUCGUUGAAUAUGCCGGUGUCCCUUGCCGUUACCACGCCAGCGGUUCAGCAGCAAUUACAGCAAAAUCAAAAUUUUAAUACUGGAAAUAAUAAUGCAUCCAAUAAUGGACCAUCACAAUCGGUUCCGAUACCAGGUUCUGGUCCACAUCAUGUUCGAUCGUUUACAGUGACGACCACUUCUCAACCAUUGCGGUUUUCUGGACCGCAUAUGCCGACGACUUUAUCAACUCAAACCCGGCCAAGCACGAUGCCGAAUCAAAUCAGAAAUGUCGAAGGAACUUAUACAGUUGUUCAACACGGAAAUAAGAAUGUAGUUGUUGAGCAGAAAGGCGCAUUAUCAAUGCAACAUUCGCAAGGAACACCGCAAUCAAUUCAGCCGCAGCAGCAGGGGACACCGCAUACGGUUAAUCAAUACCAACAACAGCAAGGGCCAGUACAACAUGCGCAACAACCUGUUCAGCAGCUUCAACAGAAUCCGCAGCAACUCGCGACAUCACAGUCUAUCCAACUUCCGCAACAACAAGAAUCCGUAGAGUCUAUCCAGCAACCGCAACUGCAGCAGCAACUAAUUCAACAAGGACAAAGUCAAACUGUACAGCAGCAAUCGCAACAGAAUGCACAGCCCCUGCCAAAAGGCCCGAGCCAGUCGAUGCAACAGCAGUUGCAACCCCAGCAAGAGCCGUCGCCGCAAACAUUUCAACAGCAACAACAACCAAUGCCAUUAGGCCCAUCACAGACCCCUCAACUGCUACCACAACAAUCAGUCCAGCAGAAACUGCAACCACUUGUUCAACAGCUACCGCAAGCACAGCCUCAACAACAGCUUCUGCAAUCUCAGCCACAGCAGGAGCAACUUCCGCCUCAGCCACAGAUCCAACAGCUCCAACAAUCGCAACAGGAUCCGCAGCCGCAACAAAUUGACCAACAACAGAUCGCUGCGUCUCAAAGCUUUGCAAACUCUUAA